AAUAAUAAAAUAAAUAGAACGGGAAUGUUGCUAAAACAUCGUGGUGAGAUGUGGGUGGUUUGAGCGCCUUGUAUUGGGUAACCUGAAAAUAAAGUAAUGGGUUGGAAAUGUGAACUUUGUAAAACUAAAGUGUUUAAGGAAAGGUUUACUCUAAAUAGACAUUAUAGAAAUGUUCAUAAAACUAACCCUAAGCCUCCAGCAUACGAGUCCUCAGCAUAUAAUUUUAAAUGUUUGGAAACGUCUUGUAAUGUUUCAUUUAGAGAACGUAAACACCUAAGUGAACACUUACAAGAAUCACAUGACUUCAUAAUUGAAGAAGAAGAUGUGCAUUUGAAAGAUAAUGAUGAAUUUGAAAUAUGGAAGUCAAACAUUGAAACUCAUGAAAACUGCAACUACAUUCAAGAAAGAGGAAAAAUUAGUAAACGUGAUGGUGGAAAAUGUGUGAAAACAUGGUAUUAUGUUUGCAACAGAUCGGUCAGACAUGGACAUGCAAAACCAUCAUUGCAGAAGAGAGCGACAAAGUGGCAAGGCUCAUCAAAAUUAAGUCAUUCCUGCAUAAGUAGCAUAGCAGUAACUGCCAAUGACAGUGGCGUGUUUGCCAGUAGAAUAAAAACUCAUUACGGUCAUGAACGAGAGUUGCAACAUUUGCGGUUGAAUAAACAUGAGCGUGCUGUUGUAGCCAAAAAAAUAUUGAUGGGAGUAUCAAAGAAAGAGAUUUUGGAUUCAAGCCGCAAUAACAUUGGAAAUGACAUAAAACGAAUGGAUUUACUUACGAGUCAAGAUGUCACGAACAUUAAGAAAAAAAUUAAGGUGACUACCCAAGAUGGACGAGGAUCAAAACAAACAGAAGAUGUAAUCAAUAUUGAGUCGUGGGUCAGGGAAUGUGAAAGUUCAGAUGAGAACCCGAUUUUGUUCUACAAACCACAAGGGAUUGCAAUUGAAGACUUUCAAAUCAAUGACUUCUGCCUGAUUAUUUUGAACAAGUUCCAGGAGCAUAUGUUGAAGACCUAUGGCUCUAAUGCAAUUUUUAUAGACAGCACUCAUCAGCCUGACACCUCCAACUUCGAGCUCACUGUGCUUAUGGUGGUGGAUAAUUAUGGAGAAAGUUUUCCAGUGGCGUGUAUGUUCUCAAACAGAAAAGAUGUGGUUCUUUUUGAGAAGUUUUUCAGGUGUUUGAAGUCAAGGGUGGGCGUUGUGAGGUGCAGAACAUUUUUGUCGGACGUCAUCCCAAAAUUCUACAAUACGUGGACUCGUGUGAUGUGUGAAGCGCAGUGUCAUCUCUUCUGUUCCUCACAUGUGGAAGAAGACUGGAAGUUAAAUUUGUCGAAGAUUGACAACAAAGGAAAGCAAUGUUGGGUGUACAAAACACUAAAUAUGUUGCAACAAAAUUUGAAAUAUAAGAGCGAAGAAGAAUUUCAAGAGAAUUUGAAAACAGCUAUUUUAAAAAUGCUUCAAGAUAGUGAAACUGUUGUGUUUGGGGAAUAUUUUAAAAGACGUUAUAGUAAUAACUACAGACAGUGGGCCUAUUUUUUCAGGAAAACUUGUUCAGUUAGUAAAAAUAUAUCAGUGAAAAAUAUACAUGAAAUAAUUGAAUAUUUUAACUUGAACUGUGAAACAGGACAUUUAGAUAAAGGAUUACGUAUAGUGCUCAAGUAUGUACAUGACAAGAUGUUGGAAAAGAAAAUCAAGGAUAUUGAAAGGAAAAGAGUUAGGCUUAUUAGUGACAUUAAGAAACACCAUAGCAUAGCAGCAGCUUCUAAUUUCAGUGUCGAUGGAGAUGAUGAUGAUAACAAAACAUGGAUUGUAAAAAGUGAUUUAAAUUGGUAUCGUGUUGAAAAGAAAAUGCAAACUAGUUGCUGCACACUCAAGUGUGACAUCUGCGACAUCUGUCUUCACGAGUACUCGUGCACUUGUGUUGAUUUUUUUGUAAACUCAUGCAUAUGUAGACACAUUCAUUAUGUAGUUUUAAAGUUGACAACUGAAGAGAUGCUGAGCAUUGCAGUUGUCAGCGGCUUGCAAGAUCACGACUAUUUGUCGUACAAUCACAUUCCUCGUACACAUUGCACCAGCAACGACAAAAAAGGUAACAUUAUUACUUUAAUAGCAGACAUUCAACAAAAAAUAUAUUCUGACAGUGAAACAGAGAAAAUAGACAAUCAAGUGAAACAGGAGAUAUUUACUCUUUUAAAAAAUGUAGAAAGCUUGUUAGCAGUGAAAAAGUGAUAAUUUCCCUGGCUAAAGAAAGUUAUAAAUCACUUCAAAAUGUUGUAAAACAAUAAGAUGUUCAAAAAACGUAGAAGAAUGUCCGCAGAAAAUAAUUUUUUCAAGUACUCCAUAAGAUACCAAAAAAGAGGGAUUAAAACCAGGUAGGUGAAGUCUGGAUAUAUGAUUCAAACUUUAAAAACAAAUACUCAAAGUUCACUAAGAUUUGUCUGUACAACCAACCUAUUGAUUUAAACCUACAUGAUCAAAUUUUUGACCCACUUGGACCGCCAAGAUGCUAAAGCUGUAUAAAAACAGCUCAUUUCUGCUUCUUGAGCAUGGGAAGUGAUGUUUGCAGAUCUUAUUUUCAUUGCAUUAGAAAAAAAUAUAAAUUGAUUAUUUUAAAAAUCAGUAAAAUAUUGGUUUUUAUCAACAUAAACUUUUUUAAGAAUUAUCUAUACAAAUUUAUUUAUAAAUAUUUAAGGCUUUAGUUUUUUAUUCUUGAUCCACCUUUCAGUUCUGCAGGAUAGUACAGUUAUCCACCUUACUAGUCUUUAUAUUUGUGAACAAUAUUUAUAUUAUGGUGAUAACGUAUUGCAAUUUAGGUAACGUAGUGGCAAUGAGGCAGUGCUGAAGACUGCUUAUGUUUGCAGGAAAUAAUCUAUUUAUGUUACAUGCAAGUGCUGCAAUCUACAUAUAAUAAUAGAACCUAGUUAUAAAAUUUUCCAGAUAAUAAUUUAAAACUGUGUGUAGUACAUAUUUCAAUUAUGUUCUUUAUCCACGGAGAGCUCAGUCAAUGAUAAAGUUGUGUGGGGGGAUCUUGGUGUUAUUUUGGAUGUAAAGAAACUGGAUUAGAAACAUUAAAUAUAAUAUUUAUAUGUAAGAAUCUAUAAUUAUAUUAGAACCUAAAUUGAAGGAGAUAGAACACAAAAAAAAACACAUCAUUACCUGAAGAAAAUUAAUCAGAUUUUUGAAAUCUUGGUAUUCACCAAAGAACUUUUUGUUUGCCCUUUCAUGCUCAUCUCCUUUGAUAUUUGUUGAUAUGUUAUUGUAUGUGAUUAGUACACUUAAUUUAUUCUUGGAAUUGUUUUUCUCAUUUUUAUCAAGUAUAAACUUUAUAUGGUUUGUUUUUUCUUAGCAGAGAGUUUUAAUGUUGGAAUUUAACUGGAUGUAGUCUUGAGACUGCUGGGUUUAUUUCCCUUCCUUUUUUUGUUUACUGUUGGUCUCAUAGUGCAUUUAGUGAAGUUUAUCUGAUACCUACAGUUUGCAAGUUAACUGUAAAUCUUUAUUGUAUGAAAACACCACGUAAAAAAAAUCCCACUUGCAUUAAGUUUUUAAUUUGGACUUUUUGGAAACUUUUUCUAAUAGCAUUUUACACAAUUUUUAGUUCAUUUGAACUAUUUUAUAUUUAUAAAUAUUUUUUUAUUUGCUGGUGCUUGUCACUCUAUGUUUCUAUUUAAUUUGAUUGAUUUUUGUUUUGUAUAUUAGUCCCUAGCUGCUUUAUGUCUAUAAUUGUCAUCAUUUUGAAGAUACAACAUAAUGUCACUCCAUUGUCUGCGCUCUUAUAGAAUUUUAAUUAAUUUAAAUUGAUAUUUUUCUGUGAAAGAAUACUGUACCAUGACUUCUUAUUAUGGUCCUAAUAAGGACCAUAUGAAUUACAGUCAUAUAUAAGACUGUAAAUGUGUGAGAAUGUUGAUAAAAGUUGAAAUCGCGACUUCAAAAAAGCUGACAAAAUGCCAGACUUAAUGAAAUAGUGUUUAACUGAACUGUUAUGGCCUGUUUACCUUUCGCCAACAAGUUUUAAAUAUUUCUGUGUAAUAUAGCUACAUAAAGUACAUAAUGUAUAUAAAGCUACAUAAAUUAUAUUUUUGUGAUACCGAGGCCAGGAAAUUGUAUGUAAUAUUUAUAAGGAAACAAACCAAAAAUUAAUAGUUUAGGUAACUGUAUAUAAAAUUAUGUUAUUUUAAGUGCCUUUUGUAUACCUAUAUUACUGUUUUUUUGCAUUUAUAUUGACAAAUAAACAAAUAUUUGAAAAAUAGUGUGUACGAUACAUUUGUGUUACUGGUUUGUACAUUGUCAUUUGUAGGUAGAUGUGAAUUAAUUUUUGCUCUCAAUUAAUGGAAAAAGGUUUGUCACAUUUCAAAUUAUAAUUUUUAAAUUUUAUUCUAGUUAUUAAGUUAUUUUACUAUUUCACCAGAGAAGUCACUUAAAUCUAACACUAUUUAACCUUUUAUUUAUACUUUACAGAUAUUUGCUCCUUUAUCAAAUUCAGAUUUGUUUAUUUAACCUGAAGACUACUCACUAAUAUUUUACAGUUUACUGGUGAAGUCGCACACAUGCUGUCCACUCUCUUCGUAAACGUGUAUUCUUCAGAGUAAUAUAUCAUUUGGGAAAUAUUGGAGGAUCAAGGAUCUAAACGGCAUCUGGAGGACCAGGAGUCAAAUUUGGGGUCGGCAUCUGACCUCAGUUUCCCACUGUUUCUCAGUAUCACUUUAGGCAAAAUGCUGGGAUGGUUCCUCACUGUAAGUGUUGGCCGAUUCUGUCUCAAUAUCGUCUCACUUUCUCUUGUUAGCAGAUAAGGUGGCUUAGGAGAGAGCACAUGUCCAUAGACUUUACAAUACACAGGAGGCUUCAAGUUCAUCAAUGAUAUGUCCACUUUAUGCAGGUCUAUUUGACAUAACAGCCUACCCUUGAUGUUUAAAAUAAGCAUUUAUGUAGCGUUCACAGUGAAACACUGGAGCCUUAGUGUCAAGUCUGAAAUCCGAUGUAGUUGCUGUGUAAAUGCAGUUGAUAAGCAAGUAUAUGAUGGCCCAAAGAGAUUGCAGGUAGUGCAGUGGACAGUUCUUGGUAAAUAUUAACACUCAAUAUUGUAAAUGAUGAUUUAUUUGAUAAAUAUAUUUACUUUUCUAUAACUUUUAUUUUCUAUUUUGAGUUGUACAGUAGCUGUGUCUACAGUUUGUAGGUAAGCAUAAUUAUUAUGUAUUUUUUUUACAUCACAACAAUUCAAUGCAGAAAAUUGCAGAAUUCCAUGAUAUUCUCUGGAUUAAUUUCUGGGCUUGUAAAUUUUUGAGAAUACAGUCAAAGAUAGAUGGAACGUUUUAAAUUCAUUUUGCUUUGCUUGUUUAUUGAAUAGAGCUGGGCCGAUAUACGAAUGUGCAGAUUAUUCCGAUACAGAUCGCUUGCUGCCGUGGCCAGUAACCGAUACUAAUCAUUGUUUCAACAAAAAAAAAAAGUAAAACUUGCCUUCAUACUUUUUGGGAAUAACGUGAGCCAUGCAAACCAAUGUUUGAAUAGAUAAAGUUGGUGAUAUUAAUUUGUCUAAUGUACAAUAUUGAUAAAUAAAUUUACAAAUUGUAUUGAUUCUGAAAACAAUAAAAUUGGAACAGAACUA